UUGCUGCGAUAAACAGCCUGAAUGUUCUACAAGGUACGGCGACGUUACGUAUACAGAUAAUUUUACGAAUGCUAGCAAAUAAACGGAACGAGAUACUUACAAAUGAUGUGAACUCUUUCAGACCGGUGAACUAUGCUAAAAGCGACUUAAUUUACAUUGAUUUAUACUAAGAAUGUGUGAACGCAAAAUAAACAAAUGAAAAUAAGCAAAGAGAAAAAAUGCUAUUGUUAUUAAAUGCUGCGGAAUGUCGCAGUAAUAGCGGAUAUUGUUCAUUUGCCCAGUCAAAUUGCAGCUUGUAAGAGCUGCGUAUUAAACCAAUUCGAAAUCUCAUGAAAGCCGCAAAUAAAUACAUAAACAUAAGCUCCUCCCAUAGAAGGAUUGUAUCGCUUUGUGAACACAUCACCAAUAUGUCACCCCAGUUAUGCAUGCCCUAGUCUCAGUCAGCCAGCACUAGUUUCAGUUAAGCGCUAGGUACAAAGUGGUAAAAGUGUGUUUAAACUUCAAACAUGGCACCACCAUUCCAAAGACAGCUUCGAAAGGCUCGCCAAGCAUUGCAAGAGACAAACAAAGAGCGAGAAACUCUGAGAAAUCUGGAUAUUUUCGUGCUUGAUAACACUUUGCGGGAGACCACAGUUGGUCAACUUCGCGGCCAUACAAUGGAUAACAAGUGGGCCAUCUAUGACCAGGUAAAGAAAAUCGGCUUCGAACACAUGAUUGUAGCUUCGUUUAACCACAUGACGAGGUUGGGUGACACAUUCAUCAAACAACUCCACGAGAGAGGCGAGGAUAUGACUCUCAAAUAUGCCUUCACCGAGUUCCUGGAAAAGAUAGAUGAGAAUCGAGUGCCCAUUGCUGACCUCAUCCCUGUCGGGAUGAGAAAGAUGAAAGAGUUAGGAAUAGGGAAUGCCAUUAUCGAGAUGGACUUGGUCUACAAUGGGAUUGACUACAAAAAGUUCACGAUAAAUAAGAUUUGCGACCUGCUGCUUGAACGCAGUUGGGCAUUCCGGUGGAUUCGUGCGAAUCUAAACUCCAAAGAUCCGAAAAUCUUUGUCAACCUAAGAGACUUCUAUGACGCGAUCAAUAAAAGGCCCAGGCGAAUCUUGAAGGUUGUGAAUUAUUUGUCGACACUUCCACCUGAAGAUCGUCCUUUUGGUAUCGUUUACGAAGAAUCAGGAAAAAACUUCCCGGAGACCGUCGGAGUGUGGACCCGUGUGAUACGGGACGAGAUGGACCGGUGCGGGUUCCAGGACGGACACCUCCUAGUGCACGUGCACGAGCAGUGGGGAAUGCAGGAUGUGACUCAGCUUAGAUGCCUUGCUAACGGAGCGAACGGGAUCUGGGCGGGACUUAGUAAAGAGGGGGCCUCUAUGGGUCACGCAUGCUCUAGCGUGACACUGAUGAACCUUGUGCGCAUGGGCAAUAAGAAGGUGCUGAAAAAGUUAAACUGCGAGGAGUUGCGCAACGCCGCCAUUGCUGUUACCCGGAUUGUAACAGGACAGGACCCAGACCCUCUUCAGCCGAUCUAUGGUGGUCGUGCUCUGGACAUGGUGUUCGGUAUGGACCAGUUCACGCCCGACAGCAAGGAGUUUAGCAUGGCGGCUUUCUUUGGCGAGGAGCCAGUUAUGCGUAUAACCACUCUGGCCUCGGGCGCAAUGAUCGCCCUACGACUCAAGCGACUUUUUGGGGAAGACCCGCAAUUCACCGAGGGACAAGGCGAGCGAAUGAAGGAGGUGAUGCUGAAAGAUCUCCAUGCCAACAUAAAGGAGGAAUACCACAGUGCCCCUGGACUUGCCAUGCUGUUUGAUCGCUCUGGCGGAAAGCUCACGCCCAAGAUGAGUGAAGUGAUUGCUAACGCUGAGAUCAAGGACGUGCAUAUCAAAGAGCUUAUCAAUGAGAUCCGCGCCAUGUGGGACGAGUGGGACCUGCGCGAGGGCGGCGAGCGUGACGACUGUCUCGAGUUUGACUCGUUUUAUAGCGGCUUUAUGGCGCCAUACUUCGGAUGCUACCGGUGCGACGAGACCAAGAUGGCACUCAAAUGCAUCGACAUGGACAAGGACGACAAGGUGGACUGGAACGAGUUCGUGACUUAUCUCAAGUGGGCUGGGCACCAGUACCCGCAGGUUGAGAAUGCAGAACAGCUACUGUCAACUGCGUUCCGUAAAGGUCUCAUCCCAGCCAUGCAGGACGAGGUCAUAAAGCAGAAACUCAAUGACUUACCGAAGCUCGAAGGGGGAGAAAUGGAUGACGACGACGACGACAUCUAUGACUAACAGGAUCGAUAAUAGUUCGGUAGACCUCUAUGGUGUACUAGAUAAAUGCUAAUCGGUAUGUAUCUUUGCCAAUAGCAGAUUUGCGAUAGCUUGGUUAAUUAAUAGAAGGGAAUUCAAACCACAGCCGCCUUGUGAAUUACCCUAAAAUAAAAAAAAAAUGCUGCUCUAAUGCUGAUAAAGUGUUUUGAUAUGUUGGGUGUAAAAGGAGACUUGUAUGGGGUGUAUAUUGACAAAAAAGGGCGUAAAUAAAAAUAAACACAGGGUUAGAAA